CUAUUAAUAAGAAAGAUUCAUGGAAGAAGAAAGGCCCACUCAAUUUCCUAGAAAUUUACCAUUUUAAGUUGGAAAUGUCUUUAAAUUGCAUUAUGAAUUCCCAACAUCUUUAGUUAUAUCUGACGAUGGUUAAAAGAUAUUGUAUGAGAAUAAUGAAAAGCUGGUGUAUGUAGAUUCCGACUCCGGAAGAACUAUAAGGAAUUUCGAUCUGUUUACGAAGUUUAUUGGUCUCCUUGAUUUGAAUAGAACUAAUGAUAAAGCAUUAGUAGGUUCAGCAGAUCAUCAAGCAAAGAUUAUAGACCUCGAGACUGGAAAUUGCCUGCAUUAAUUGAAUGGCCAUCUACAUUUUGUAUAUAUUGGAGGAUUUAAUCCAUAAUCAACAAUUGCCGCAACGGGAUGUUAGAAUAUGAAGAUCAAGAUUUGGGAUGUUUUAUCAGGAAAAUUAACCCUCGACUUUGAAAAGCAUCAGCAAACACCAACAAGUUUUAGCUUUAAUGCAGAAGGAGACAAAAUUUUAUCAUCCAGUUAUGAAAAUGAUGCACUUAUUUGGGAUCCAAAAGAUGGCCAAAUAAUUUGUAAAUUAUAAAAACACACCAAAGGAAUAGAAGUAUGUAAAUUUGCCUAGUCUGGAUACUUGUGUGCAACAGGGGCGCAUGACAAUGAUGCGAAUGUUUGGGAUAUAAGGAAUCCAGGAAAUCCUCUUUUUAACCUGUAGGGACAUACAAAUUUUAUCAAAGACUUGGCCUUUAAUAAAUAAGGUACAUAAAUUGUCACCGGCUCAAACGAUAAUACAGGUAGAAUCUACAAUUUGAUUGAUGGCAGUUUUGUUGCAGAGUUAUAAGAUUUUCCAGGUUAGGUUUAUACAAUAUCUUUUAAUGAAACUGGAGAUAGGAUUAUUGGGGCUAGUAAUUAGAAGACUGUUCAGAUAUUUGACAAUUAGGGUGUUUGUUUAUAGUAAAUAAGUUAAGAAGGAAAUUUUUACAUUAAUAGAACUGGAAAUACUUUUGUAACUUUGCCUAAGGCCAUUGAAUCACAAGGCAAGAUCUGGAGAGAUGCAAGAGCUAUUAAGAAUUGAUAUCAAUCAUAUUUAGUAAAUUCUAAAUUGUAUUGUUAUAAUA